AGUUGGUCACGCCCCAAGCCCAGCGGGCUCGGAAGACCCGCCUCCUCUCUAAGGUUAAGCGAGGAAAGCUGGGAUUGGAGGUUCAGGUGGUGACGUAACUUUCCGCUUUGAGUGGCCUUCCGCUCUGGCGGCGGCCGGGAGAGGCUCGGGGAACAUUUAGCGGGGUCCCCCGACCCCUUAGCCCUCGGAAGUGCGAUGAGGUCCGUUAGCUACGUGCAGCGCGUGGCCCUGGAGUUCAGCGGAAGCCUCUUUCCGCACGCAAUCUGCCUCGGAGACGUCGAUAACGACACGUUAAAUGAACUGGUGGUGGGAGACACCAGUGGGAAGCUGUCUGUAUACAAGAAUGAUGACAGCCGGCCAUGGCUCACCUGUUCUUGCCAGGGAAUGCUGACUUGCGUUGGGGUUGGAGAUGUAUGCAAUAAAGGAAAGAAUCUUGUGGUGGCAGUGAGUGCUGAGGGCUGGUUUCACUUGUGUGACCUGACACCUGCCAGGACUCUGGAUGCUUCUGGGCACCAUGAGACCCUAAUGGGAGAGGAGCAGCGUCCAGUGUUUAAGCAGCACAUCCCUGCCAACACCAAGGUCAUGCUGAUCAGCGACAUCGAUGGAGACGGGUGUUGCGAGCUGGUGGUAGGUUACACAGACCGUGUGGUACGGGCUUUCCGCUGGGAAGAUCUGAGCGAGGGCACUGAACAUCUGACAGGGCAGCUGGUGUCGCUCAAGAAAUGGACACUGGAAGGCCAGGUGGACAGUCUCUCAGUGACUCUGGGGCCCCUUGGUGUUCCUGAACUGAUGGUGUCACAGCCAGGCUGUGCUUAUGCAGUGUUACUAUGCACCUGGAACAAGGACGCUAGGCACUCCACUACCUCUGAGGGGACCACGGAGGGCAUGAGGGAGACCCCGGCUGCCCGAGAUGUUGUGCUGCACCAGACAUCCGGCCGCAUCCACAACAAGAAUGUCUCUACUCACCUCAUUGGCAACAUCAAACGAGGCCACACUGGGGAGAGUGGUGGCUCUGGCCUCUUUGCCCUCUGCACCCUGGAUGGGACACUGAAGCUUAUGGAGGAAGCAGACAAGCUGUUGUGGUCAGUGCAGGUGGACCACCAGCUUUUCGCCCUAGAGAAAUUGGAUGUUACGGGCAACGGGCACGAGGAGGUGGUUGCCUGUGCCUGGGACGGGCAGACGUAUAUCAUUGAUCACAACCGCACAGUCGUCCGCUUCCAAGUGGAUGAGAAUGUCCGAGCUUUCUGUGCAGGCCUAUAUGCCUGCAAAGAGGGCCGCAACAGCCCCUGCCUUGUGUAUGUCACAUUCAACCAGAAGAUCUAUGUGUACUGGGAGGUGCAGCUUGAGCGGAUGGAGUCUACCAAUCUUCUGAAAUUGCUAGAGGCUGAGCCUGAGUACCAGGGGCUGCUGCAGGAGCUGGGCCUGGAUCCUGAUGACCUCCCAGCAGCCCGCACCCUAGUUCACCAAACCCUCUACCAUCCUGACCAGCCACCACAGUGUGCUCCUGCAAGCCUCCAGGAUCCCACCUAGCGGGGCUUUCCCUCUUAGCUGAAUAAGGAUCCUCUGAACCUCUCUCCCCUCAAGGUGUCCAUGGUAUUGGCAGGAGAGGGAAUGUAUACUGCAGAGGAGUAUGGACAGAUGGCAGCAACCCGAGGGUAACUGUGAACUAUAGAUCUCAUGGUCUUCUCGGUGAAAGCAGAGACAACUUGACUGUCUGCCCAUUUUCUUGUGUACCUCACCCAUCACAUCAGCAGGGUUGUAAGACCCUGACCUUAUUCCACAUCAUCUGGGACUGCCCCUUCCCCAAAACUCCCCAGUCUCGUAUGGAAAACAGACUUGUUUGUGAGGAAGGAGCACCAAUCUUUUGUGUGGCACGGACACUUGUGAGGAAACUAGGCUUCGGGGCCAGUGGAGCUGUGAGGUAAGGCCUCUGCCCCAUCUGAAGCUCCAUCUUCAUGUCACAGUUCCAGGUCCCUGACAGUGGCGGUUAUUGCAAGAAUGGCAAACUGUCGGCCUUUCAGGGCAUUUCACAGUCUGGUUUUUCUGUGUCCCCAGCAAUCCUGAGAUGAUUUUGCUCUAUUUUCCAAAGAACCUGGGCCAGCAGCCUCUCGUUUUGCCAUGCUCUUCAAGAAUCACACAGCUUCCUAGGCCUCGCUCCAUUUCCCACCCCCCAUUUUCACAGAAACACCUAUUGUCCAUCAGACAAUAGACAUUUACAACCUGAUGCAGAUGUAUGAUCCAGACCAUAAUCAGAAUUCUAUCUUGGGCCAUUUCUAUCCCUUCUGCUCUUAUUCUGUGUGCUUUAAAUCAGUAUCUUUCAAAUUGUAGGUUGCAAUCUUUUAGUGGGAUGUGGUCAGCAUUUUUUAAAUAAAUGAAAUAGGAUACAAUAGAAUGAAAAAAUAAAGUAUAUUGCUCACAGCA